AUGGCAAACAAAGCGCACGUUAUUAUCAGCGUUAUUUUGCCUGUGUUCUUCUCUACUACAUGUGAAGCCAUCAAGUGCUACGACUGCAACAGCGCGAACAACUCGGCGUGCCUGGACCUGCACAUGCCCAGGAUGAACGCCAUCAUACCAGUGGUGGACUGCUCGAAGGCGCUCCCCAACAGCAUCAGCAAACAGUUCUUCUGCCGGAAGAUCACGCAGACAAUCCUCCACCCGGACCAUACCCCGGAGGUCAGAAUAACCCGAGGUUGCGGCUGGGUGAAGAGCAAACGGGAAUGCUACACCGCCGACAACAAGGACCACCUCGAGACCGUCUGCCAGUGCUUCGGAGACAUGUGCAACGCCGCCGCGGCCCUGCGAGACGUCAAACUGACAGCUGUCACUCUACUCGCCGCCAUCUUGGUUUUUAUCAGGAGUUGGCGGGCUUGAACGAAGUGCUACGAACUUUUAUGAGGAAACUGUGUGUGGAAUUGUAUAAAUUAAUGUUC